GAGUAAUAUAUACAAAGAUUUGAUUGAAAUCUUAUGAGAUAAAGUCUAAAUAUUGCUUCAUUUCAAUCACAUGAAUAGAAUGUUAUAAUUAUGACUAUUAUAAAGACUAAAUAAUAUAUAAAAUUACGACUUUCAAUAAGUCUUACUUAUUCACUUUCGGCAACCAACAUGGCUACCAAAACUGAAAUGAACUUUUUUGCAGCUGAUUUUGUCAAAAUACUAGACAAUCAGCCAGGCUCAGAAGGUCCUGUUUUCACAAUGGAUGGAAAACUUUACAUGGUUGCCCCUGAGGUUGAAGUUGAUGGGAAACCUGCUGGUCAGAUUCUCAGAAUUGACCUCGAAAUCAAGCAGGCUAGUGUGUUGGUCGCCCCUUCAGUGGAUGGAUUUGGAGGGAUUCCUGCCGGGUGUCAAUGUGACCUUGAUAAUAACAUCUGGGUUGCUGACAUGACACUUGGUAUACUGAAAGUGAAACAAGAUGGCACAUUCCAACAAAUAGCAACUAAAGAUAAUAAGAAUGAAGCCCUGCAAGGAUGUAAUGAUCUUAUAUUUGACUGUGAAGGUAACCUGUGGAUUACUGCACCAGCUGGUCCUAUAGCACCUCAUGCCUUCACAAGAUCAGACAAGGAGGCAUUUGGGAGUGCUUACUGUUAUACCAAAGCUGGUGAAGUUAUAAAAGUGGCAACUGGAUUCAAGUUCUCUAAUGGUAUAGCUGUACAACAUAACAGUAAUGGGAUUCCAGUUAAACUGAUCGUUGCAGAGACAUUCCAUAACUCCUCCCUCUGGAGUUUUGAUAUUGUUGGCCCUGGACAGGUCAAGAACAAACAACUAUGGGGAACUCUGCCUGGAAAUCCUGGACCCGAUGGUAUGGAUUUUGAUGAAGAAGGGAACCUCAUUGUUGCAAACCAUGGCUCGGGUACUCUAGAUGUGUUUGGUCCUAAUGGAGGUGAACCAAUAUGUCGAAUAAAGUGCCCAUUUAAGCACCCUAGCAAUGUUCACUUCAGGCCUGACUCCGAUGAGCUGUAUGUCACUGAGCAUGAGUUUCAUGGUUUGUGGAAGCUUAAGUGGAAAAACAAAGGAAUGAAGCAGUUUUGCGAGAGAAUUUAAAGAUAGGCCUAUUACAAGGAGAAAACUGCAGACAAUCAAUGGAUAUUUUGUACUAGAUACAUGGUUGUAUCAAGGAAUCAAGGAAUGAGGCAGGCCUCACUAAAAUUUUACUUAAAUGUAUUUCCAACUGAAACUGGAAAUGAAGUCCAAGUACAUUGAUAUACGACCUUAAGUCUUGCCUAAUUACAUUUGUCUCGCCAAAUUUUUGAUCCUGGCUUAUUCCACGGAUAUAUAUAUAAAACAAUUUUUGUAUUUUAUUAAUCAAUAUUUUAACAAUGUGCAAUUCAUAUUGAUGAUCAGGUGCUGUAUCUAGAUUGACCAAUUCAAAUGUACUGUAUAAGAAUUGUUAUCAUUCCACUUUAUUGAAAACUUUUCAUAUUGUUUGGCUUACAGUGUGCAAAAUUUAUAUUGUUUGGCUUACAGUUUGAAAGAUUUAUGGAGAAAAAUUACCAUGAGACAAUUGAUCGGCCUAAAUCUUAUUUUCAUUAAAAACUAUUGAAGAUUGAUUUUGAUGGCACCAACCAGGAGUUACUACAUUAUGUUAUGGCUGCAAUUCUUUUUGUGUUCAAGUACAAUUGUCUGCAUCAGUGUUUGUUAUAUAGAAGUGAUAAAUUAUUAUUCUUUUCAAUCAUUCUAGGUGGUGUCAUUUGGUCAUAUCGGCCUCAUGCUUUGUUUACAAAUAACAUGCAUUUUAGGAGUUAUUUUAUAUAUAAACAUUGUAAUUUUUAUAUCAUAUCAUGUACUUUUAUAGGCAAUAGAAAUGGAUAUUUUAUAUUUGAAUGAAUGUUAUAUGUUUAUACACAGUUGGCUUAUUUGUAAAGUUUAUGAAAUUUCAGAUAAAUAUAUUUCUAUUAAAGCUAUUUACAUCCUGUUAUAUUU